CCUCGAAGUCUGGUACUAUCGAUCAGCCGUUGCUAGGGGCGACGAAAAUCGAUACUCUUAUCUCCCAUGGCGUGUAUAUUUCUGGCAUUCAUCGAUCUGGUCGUUGGCAAUUACGUGGGUGAUAUUUUAUGCAAAUUAGGGCUUUGCGGACGGACAUAUUUUUUCAAUGAACGUGGAACAACAGUAGAUAGGCGAUCGCAGUAAGAACAGUCUGUGGUCUAUUUUCUGUCUGCUGAGUUCAUUUGAUUUGAAAGUCAUGACGAGGUCCCUACUGCUGACCUUGACCCUGGUCUGCCUGGCCAGUGCCAAUCCUUACUUUGACGACGAUUGGAGAGCCCAAGAGAUGGAGGAGUACCUGCUGCAGCGGACAGCCGAGCAGGUAAUACCACUCGAGGACCAGACCUUCAACACAGACGAUCAAGGUAUCGGCCAGGUGUCGGGUGUUGAUGUUGACUCAAAUGGCGGCCUUUAUGUCUUUCAUCGUGCCGAUCGGCCCUGGAACUCUGAAACCUAUCAGCCUAUGACUAACAUCCUUACUGACGCCGCUAAAGUCCCCAUCAACAAAGACACAAUUUUGAAGGUAGAUGCAGCUUCUGGUCGUAUACAAAGCAGUUUCGGAAAAGACAUGUUCAACGUCCCCCAUGGACUUAAAUUUGACGCCCACGACAACAUGUGGGUCACCGAUGUUGGGCGCCACCAGGUAUUGCGAUUUCCGAAAGGAACCACUACUCCGGACCUUGUACUUGGUGAAAAAUUUGUACCCGGAAACGACAACGCCCAUUUCUGUAAACCAACGGACGUCGCCAUAGCCAGCAACGGCGACUUCUUUGUGUCUGACGGCUACUGUAACAGCCGUGUGGUCAAGUUUUCGAGCAGUGGUCAAGUACUCACACAAUGGGGCACACGUCGAACCAGCGGUGACCUGACCCCCUUCACACUGACCAUCCCCCACAGCAUCACCCUGAUUGAAGAGCUGGACAUUGUUUGUGUGGCUGACCGUGAGAAUGGAAGAGCGCUGUGCUACAACGCCGGCCUCAAGAACGCCAACACCACAGGCAACUUCAACAGGACGCUGAUACCACAGAUGGACAUUGGAAAAGUUUACGCCAUCUACUACAGCAAAGCAGAGCAGGAAGUGGUGGCCGCGGGUCUCCUGUCUGACAUCCCAACCAUGGAGGAGGGUCUGCCCUUCUACCCGUCCAGAGCUUUCACCUAUGACCUCGAGGGUCGUCUGCUCAAUUCAUGGGCUUACAUCACACCGGAAGUCGCUAAAAAUGGACCGUCCUUGAUCCAUGACCUUUGCACCUCAAGAGAUGGACAGGAUUUCUUCUUGGCAGAUCUUGACCAGCAGAAAGUUUACAAAUACUCAAAGAAAUGGCCGUCCAUUGUUGGUUAAGCGCCGGAGCUUAAAGCAGAAAAAAAGCAACUGAUUAUUAAACAGCGCAUUGUAUAGAGGACCUAAACACGAAAAGCUUUGAAAUUGUUUUUGUUCGUUUAUUUGAUAAAAUUGAUACAGAAAUCUCCAGCGGACGUUUUUUUAGUCAACUUUGUAAUUUAUAAAGACGGAAUUCAAACGACUACCAUUUUAAUUUUUAAGACAUUCUUCAAAUUAAUGAUUAUCAGACAGCUUAUAUAUAU